AUGCGGAACGAGGUUUUCCUGGAAUGCUUGGUAGUGUUGAUUGUAUGCAAUGGCCAUGGAAGAAUUGUCCGGUAUUGGCAAGGAACUUACCGGGAUAAAGACAAACAUAAUAGUUUGGUAUUAGAAGCGGUGGCAUCAUAUAAUUUGUGGUUUUGGUAUGCCUGUUUUGGAAUGCCUGGAUCAAACAACGAUUUGAAUGUGUUGGCACACUCACCCAUUUUUGAUAACAUGCUAAAGGAUGUAGCACCUCCAUGCAAUUAUGUCAUCAAUGGUCACCAAUACCAUAUGGGUUAUUUUUUAGCCGAUGGUAUCUAUCCAAAGUUGACUAAAAUUUUACAAGAUUUUAGUCAGAUGGAAAUUCCCGAGUAUGUGGGAUUCAACAAGUAUCAAAUGGCUAAAAUAAAGGAUGUCGAGCGUGCUUUUGGAGUGCUUCGGGGUAAAUUCAGAAUUGUCGGAUCACCAUGUAAGUAUUGGCAACAAUCUGACUUGAACCUAAUUAUGAAAUUUUGUUUUAUUUUCCACAACAUGAUUAUCGAGCAUGAACGUCGGGAUACGGAUUGGGACAGUGUUUUUCCUGUUCUGAUUCCGGAACCUACCAAUAAUGGUCGUGUAUUUAUGUCAUCUCUGAAAAACCUAAAUGUAUUUGUUGUUGAUGCAUUUGAUUAG